AUGACCGCCAUCGACCAUCAAUACUUUCCGCAUAUCAUUGACGUGAUCUUCGACACCGCUCCACCCGCCUCGCUUGCUGUCAUGGCACGGGCCUGCCGCGAGUGGCGCGACUGCGUCCUCAGCAGAUUUCACCAUGUCCAGGACGUGCGGAUCGAACAAGUCGACGGAGCCAUUCAAACUGUCUUCUAUAUCCCCACCAAGUCAAACGAGGGCGUCUACUACAAUCAUGUGGGUCUCACCCCGAACUGCCUGGGACUCCUCGCCGGCUGCAAGAUCCUGGACAUCACUGAGGAUCCAUCCCGCCGCACCAUCCGGGAGCUCCCCAACCUCGACACAGUUCGCUACCACUUCGACUGGCAGGCUUAUACCGCGAUUUCCGCCCGCCAAAUUGUCUGCGCGGGCCACAUCUACCCCAUUAUGGAGUUUGACCCCACGGUUAAGCGCCUGGUUAUCCACAGUGGUGGUUCAAGCGACUACUUCUACUCCAACACAUACCCCGACUUGUGCGGCUUGACGUCCUUGGAGGAGCUGGUCCUUCUUUUCGAGGAUGUCCUCUCGUGCUUGGAGGACUUCGACUACACUGAGGAUGAACUGGCUGAAUACAGCGACGAGGAUCUCUCCCCGGAUCUCGACUGUCCUCUGUGGCUGCUGAGCACUGUCGAGGAUGUUAUCCACGCAGGUCUGGAGCAAGGAGCCAAAGUCUUGUUGGUGGGAACGGAGCUGUGGAACACCUACGCCUUCGGAGCCCUGAAGAGGGGUUUGAUGCGCACGUACGACAUUGAAUUGACCUCUGCCGACGAUGGUGUUACCCUGAUGACUGUUGAUGGGUACCGAGAGCUCGUCGGCGAAAAGGAAUGGGAGAUUGAGACCAAUUUCGGCAGCGUUGUAUUCAGCCCGUAG